GCAGAGGGGAGGAGGCGCUGGCUCACCGGGCAGCUCGCCCAGGCUCCGGGCAGUGAGAGGGAGGGAGCGCAGGCCGCGGGAGCGGAUGGAGACCAGCAGCCCGCGGUCCCCCAGGCCCAGCCCCAGUCCGGGGCUCAGCCUGGACGCCCGGCUGGGCGUGGACACGCGCCUCUGGGCCAAGGUGCUGUUCACCGCGCUCUACUCGCUCAUCUUCGCGCUGGGCACCGCGGGCAAUGCGCUGUCCGUGCACGUGGUGCUGAAGGCCCAGGCCGGCCGCCCCGGGCGCCUGCGCUACCAUGUGCUCAGCCUGGCGCUCUCCGCGCUGCUGCUGCUGCUGGUCAGCGUGCUGGAGCUCUACAACUUCGUGUGGUUCCACUACCCCUGGGUCUUCGGGGACCUGGGCUGCCGCGGCUACUACUUCGUGCGCGAGCUGUGCGCCUACGCCACGGUGCUCAGCGUGACCAGCCUGAGCGCCGAGCGCUGCCUGGCCGUGUGCCAGCCCCUGCGCGCACGCCGCCUGCUCACGCCGCGCCGCACCCGCCGCCUGCUAUCGCUGGUCUGGGCCGCCUCGCUCGGCCUCGCCCUGCCCAUGGCCAUCAUCAUGGGCCAGAAGCACGAGCUGGAGAUGGCGGGCGGAGAGCCGGAGCCCUCCUCGCGCGUGUGCACGGUGCUGGUGAGCCGCGCCACGCUGCAGGUCUUCAUCCAGGUGAACGUGCUGGUGUCCUUCCUGCUCCCCUUGGCGCUGACUGCUUUCCUGAACGGGGUCACCGUGAGCCACCUGAUGGCCCUCUACUCCCAGGUGCCAUCGGCUUCUGCCCCCGGCAACUCCAUCCCCAGCCGCCUGGAGCUUCUGAGCGAGGAGGGUCUCCUGGGCUUCAUCGCAUGGAGGAAGACCCUGUCCCCUGGGGGCCAGCCCAGUCUGGUGAGACACAAGGAUGCCGGCCAGAUCCGCAGCCUCCAGCACAGCGUCCGGGUUCUCAGAGCCAUCGUGGCUGUGUAUGUGGUCUGCUGGAUGCCGUACCACGCCCGCAGGCUCAUGUACUGCUACGUCUCCGACGAGGCGUGGACUGACGCACUCUAUGACUUCUAUCACUACUUCUACAUGGUGACCAACACGCUCUUCUACGUCAGCUCGGCAGUGACACCUGUCCUGUACAAUGCUGUGUCCUCCUCCUUCAGAAAGCUCUUCCUGGAAGCCCUGAGUGCCCUGUGUCGAGAGCACCAUCCCAUGAAGCCAUUGCCCCCAAAGCCCCAGAGUCCCACCUCAGUGGGGACAACUUCAGGCCUUGGGGAUCCCCCCGAGCUCCUGACCUGGAUGAAAUACAAGAAUGACCAGAGCAGAGAGAAUGUUCAGGUGCCCAGUCACCUGCAUAUUGGAUGAACCCCAUCAUCACUAAUAAUCCCUGCUUUGCAGCCAGAGGGACUCCACUGACCCCAGCUCUGCCACUUACAAGCCAUGUGCCUGCAGGCAAGUCACGUAACACCUCUUGGCCUCAGUUUCCCAUCUACAUAACAAAGAUGAAGAGCAGAGCCCACUCUUAGUGACCGCUGAGGUCAAAGUGCAUAGCACUGCGGUCAUAACCACACUCAAUAAACUUCAGCCGGUGCUAUUUUGUUAUUGUUGCAUUACUAUUGCUCUCCUGCUCUCCUAGGAGCUUUGGUAGCUUCAUGCUCAUGGGAUUUGCACUCAGAUGUCCUAGGAGUUUUUACAAGUGGCAGACCAGUAGUGCUGUCUUAAUGGUGACAUCACAGAGGCUGCACAAAGCUCCCCAAACUCUUCCAGCUGGGGACAGCAGUUCACACCGACAGGAGCAUUCUGUAGGCUCUGGAAAACUGGGGCAUCACUGGCUUCCCCCUAAAUGGCCUCAGGCCUGUGCAAGGCUUGACCUGUGGCAGCCGGGGCCAUGGCAGCUGGACAAUGGCGGUGUGGCUGACCGGGAAUGGCCACAUGCUACCUGCCUCAGAGGAUUGGCCCAAUGACCUACAGCCAGCACCAUGUUGAACAAGAGGUAGAUUUCAGAAUUUUGAUUUUCAGAGUAGGACGCUCAACCUGUAUUAUCAGCACCAUUUAUAAGUGGGAAAAUGGGAACAGGGACGUUAAUAAGGUUCUUCACACACUACUUGAUAACUCAGGGCCAGGAACCCAGACUGAGGACCAGGGAGCUUCAUGCUCAAACCCUGUAACUUGCUGCUUCCCAGGAGCUUGAUGGCAAGAGAUGCUAAAAGUUUAUAGGGCCAACAUUAUGGAACUAAGGGAAUCAUAAUAAAGUACUCAAUAUCCUACUUGUUAGGCCACCAUUAACAAACUGUUGAGCAUAAAACUUAUUUCCUGACAUAAACGUAAUGUGGUUAUAUUGUUAACUAGAAGAGCUAACAGGAGACAAAAUUAUACCAAGAUGUUAUGUAUAGAUCACACAGAUGUAAAGAGGAAGUCAGAAUGAAGCUCGUCCAAGUGGACACUGUGGGCUCGCUAGGGAGGUGAGCAACCCCAGAAUAGGACUGGUGACUCCUGUCUUUGUCCCACACUCUGGAUGCAAUCAUGCCAGGCGCUCAGAAACAUCUGGAGAAAGAAGCGCUGUAAAACCAGUUUUGUUUUGUUUUACUUUGUUGACAUAAUACUAUUUCUGUGAUCUCUAGAAAACAAAGUUCAAAUAGAAAUUGAGUUCCCCUGGCCUUGUCCAGGGAGGUGGCACUGAGCAUUGGCAGGGGAGUGUAGGGACGAGGGUCAGACAGGUCUGGAGAGGGAUCCUGCCUCUGCUACCUACUGGCUGUGGGAUUAAGUGAGUUCGUCACCUGCUCAGACCCCUUUCCUACAUCUAACCCGGGGUAACUCAUGACAGCUGUGGUUUUCAGAGUUAAAUGACAUCAUAAAUAUGGAAAAAUGCUCAGUGCUGCACCUCCCCACCCAGAAAUCUCACCGAAUAGUAGCUGUGACAAUUAGAGAAAUGUAGGCAAUGGUCAUGAUUGCCAGGUCCCCAAGAUGUGGGGACAGGGACAGGGCAAGAAGUGGGGAUGGUUGUAAACAUGUGAUAAGAGGGAUUCUUGUGGUGAUACAAAUGUUAAAAUUCUAUGGGUACACAGUGACUCUUCAUAUUAUUUUUUAAGACUACAAGUGAAUCUGUCAUUAUCUUAAAAUUUUAAGAAAAUGAAUGAAAGACAAAGAUUGUGCCUAGUCCCACCAUACAGAUAACUACGAUUAAAUUUGGGGUAAACAUCCUACGAAAAAAUAGUAGCAUCAUCAUUUUAAAGGGAUGCUGUAGGCUCCUAAAUGCAAAUUAUAAUUCCACAUUUCAAGACCCUGAGCCACCCCAUUGCUGUGUGCUGGCUGGUCUGAUGGUUCCCACACCUGGCCAAGAUCAAGAGUCUCCACACGCGCCUGUUUCCUCAGACUUCACUUCAGGGCCCCUGGGUCAGUCAGAACCCUCCAUGGCCAAGACCAAACUGAAAAAGGAAGCCAGCACUUGGCACCUGGAUUCCUUUCUCGUGCCUGCCACAACAGACCAACACUGACCGCCUGGCCUAAAACAACAGACAUUCCAUCCCUCGGAAUCCGGGAAGCGACACAUCUCAAAUCAGGCGUUGAACCUCUGAGGACUCCAGGCAGGCGCCGCCUGGCUCCUCCAGUUUCUGCUGGGCGAACCUGGCUGCUCCCUGGCUCCACGCCCUCUCUCCAUUCUUGGCUUCUGUUCCCACGCAGCAGUCUGUGUCUCUUCUCAUAAGGACACCUGUCACCCUCAGGUAGGGGCUCCCUGCUCUCCAGGAUGAUUUGUCUUCACUUAGCUAAUUACACAUGACAUCCCUAUUUCCAAAUAAAGUCACAAGGGUCCUAACCCCUUGAGGCGCCAGGGGUUAGGACCCCUGGGAAAGACCCUUUUAUAGAGCAAGAACUAAAACGAGAGUGGCCACGGGUCCCAGGCAAGAAGAAUGAGCGUGCACCAGCGUCCAGAGAGAAGGAAGGGAAUCUGGGACAGCAUGUUCAGCGAAUGACAAAUGCAGCCACAGAAUCCUGGUGUUUUCUCUAGACACGAAGGGCUUGAGAAACCAGCAAUGGCCUUUCCAACUUUUGGUUCAUUAAAAUGCUAAUUCCCUCUGAGCUGGGAAGUCUGCCCGAGCAAGGAGAACCAGCAGAGAAGAACUGAAGGCUGUUCACACUGGGGCACCUGGGGUCCCGGUCCACCCUGAGAGCUGCCUGCAGGAUCUGAAGCCAGAUCUAAGAGGGUUCUGAACUUUCAUGCUGGCAUUGCCCAGA